AUGGAUAAUUAUAGUGAUACACCUAAAACCAGUUUUCUUCUCAUCAUUACCAGGUUUGCAAUGUGGAUCAAUGAAGUAUCCUCUCUCUUCGGUGGACUGGAUAUGUGUUCAAUUAAAGUGGUUCAGGACACAAAUGGCGACUACUUCAUUCAGGAUGUUUUUGGUUCGGAAUUUGCAUUGCUUGGUGAUGGCCAAGAGGAAGAUCGAAUGCGUAUUGCGGAGUUAGUGCUACAGAAGAUGGAAGAGCUGAUUCGUGCUCCUGCAGCCCUCACCCCUUUCACCAUACCCUUCUCCUUGCAGGAAGGGCACAGAGCCAUUGACCUGUGUGACAACCGCGCCAGCCGUUAUCAGUCCGAAUUCCAUCAGCUCGCCUAUGCAGAUGACGCAAACAGUCACCUCUCCCGCGUCUAUCUC